AGCACACGCUAGUAAUGAAGAUUUCCUGUUAUUUUCUGAGCUCACGUUUCCGGUAAAAUGUCGGUUUUUCACGACGAAGUCGAGAUCGAGGACUUUGAAUAUGACGAGGACACGGAGACAUAUUACUUCCCCUGUCCCUGCGGAGACAGAUUCGCCAUCACUAAAGAGGAUCUGGAGAACGGAGAGGAGGUGGCGCCGUGUCCGAGCUGCUCCCUCAUUGUUAAAGUCAUCUACGAUAAGGACUUGUUCGUAUCUGGAGAAAUCAUCGAAGCUCCGUCAUCUUCAGAGAGCAGACUGGAGCUGGCUCAGUCCUGACCCCCCACCCCCCACAGACUGAUGCUUUAAGCACGUUAUUUAUGCAGAGACACUUUUUAUGUUGAACACAUGGAGGAAAGACGGAUUUAAACUUCUUCCAAAGUGUUUUAGCAGGUUGAUAACAAACAUGACAAACUCACUGAUUUUUUUUUCUCUUUAAAGUUUCAUUGAGGUAGUGUGGAUUGUUUUGAAAAGCUGAUGCGUUCAGGUGCUGCUGGGAAACAUCAGGCUCUUCACUGCCACCAACAUUUCAUCAGUGGGUUCAUACUGUGUGUUUGUCUCCAGGUUUUUAACAGUCAGAUUAAAAAAGAACGUUUGACCUGAUGGAGAAUCCAGGUCAGGUGAGCAGAACCCCCCCCCCCCCCCCAGCAGAGCCACAGCAGAGGGGGGAGUGAUGAUGCGUUUCAGAUGAACUGAAAGCAGUCUUUUCCUUGUCCUUUCACAAUAAAAGCCUCACUGUGAGCAUCAGUGUUUUGUCUUUGAGAAUGUGACUGAGCUGAUUCACUGAAAGACUUCGGGCGUACAGUGUCUUUGUCCAUGAGGACCCAGGUGGUUGAGGAUGGACUGAAAUUCUCCAGGGCAGGAACUGUUUUUUGUUUCUGUCCCUGUCUCUCAAGGUGGUCCUGGUCUGAAUCGGUGAACUUUGAGUUCUAUCACCCAAAGUGAAGACUCUGAGGGAAACUUGUAAAAGUCUCAGUCAGAGUCAGAAAGCUCCUGAGCCCCCUGAAGAGUCUGAGCUUUCACUCUACAGAUUUAAAAGAAAGAACAAAUCAGAGUGAAAAGACAGUUCUGUGAAAACUACCAGCAGCGGGAAGUUUUACAGUGAGUCUCCUGGCUGCAGUCAGAGAGUGGAGGAUGUAAAGUCGUUACUUUGGGUUAAAGGUAAAAACAAAAUCAGAUCGAUACUGAAGUGACAUCUUAUCUCAGAACAGCUUCUGUCACAUAAAGGCUCUGAUCCCUGUUCAUCAUGUAUUUCAUUACAUGAAUUUCCCCUAGAGGAUAAAUAAAGUAUCGAUCCAGCAACCCAUCUCUCCGUUGAUCUAUAUCUAUCUAUCGAUAUAUCGAUCUCUCUAUCCAUCUCUUGUGGCGGCAGCAGAGCUUUCUCUCUGAAGCUAGCUUGACUUCCAGCUGUUUGAGCCACAUGAUUGGAAUAAACUGGGGUGAAGUGUGAGACGACUGGCUGCAGGGACAGAUUUCACACCAGAGACACAUGAGGACGUCCUGCUGGGAAACAGCUGAUGUUCAGACACAGACUGACACCAUAUGAUUAAUAAUAAACAGAGCUAACUGCUAACGCUAGCUCUCACCUGUCACCUGUCUGACUGCUGCUCACCUGCUGAAGCUUUGAUGA